CCAUCUCCCCUUUCAUCUCCUCACCUCUCCUCUAAAACUUAGUCCUUCAACUCUAUCUGCUCCCAUUAAUACCCCAACAACCUAAAAGACACAGCUACUCACAAACCAAACCAAGAAGAAAGAAGAGAAAACCCAUUUUAAUGGGCAAGAAAAUGAAGCUCCCUGCUCUAUUCAAGCACAAAGAAGCAAGGGAGCCCUGGCAGUGGCCCUCAUGCAAGCACCCCAAGACCCUUUCCUUCCGAGCAGGAGAUGAUGUGUUCAAGACUGUCAACUCAGUGUUCUUUGAACCCAUCGACGGGGUUGAAACGCCGGAGUCAUGGUUCACAAACUCCCCGGAGUCGGCAAGCUUUUCCACAGAGUCAGAUCAGGAGUUCGAUGGGGAGUCAUUGGAGAUGGUUGUACGGGGCGUGCGAUCAGAGAGGCUGUUCUUCGAGCCUGGUGGUGACACUAGUUCGAUCUUGGAAGAGGCCAAAACCGGAGGACUUCCAUUCAAAGAAAGUGUAGUUCUAGCUAUGGAGUCCGCUGAUCCGUACGUUGACUUUAGGAAGUCCAUGGAAGAGAUGGUGGAGACGCAUGGGCUGAAAGAUUGGGAGAUCUUGGAAGAGUUGUUGGGGUGGUAUUUGAAGGUGAAUGGCAAGACCAAUCAUGGAUUCAUAAUCUGUGCCUUUAUCGAUCUGCUUGUGAGUCUUAAUCCUACUUCUUGUUCUGAUUCCACUAGUUAUUCUUCUGCUGUUUCUUCUUUACCUUCAUCUCCUUUGUGUUCCACUCAAGGAGAUGAUAACGAGAUUGAAGAGGAAGAAAACGUUCGUUUGCCUUAGCCUUUCUUUUGUAGUAUUAUUCCUUUGUGUAUAUUAUUGCUAGUAGUACUAGGUCAUCAAAAACUACAUAGUAGAUAAACAAAAAGAGAUAGCACAGCACUUCAUCCCCUCCCUCUUUCUCCUAAUUUCCAAUGUAUUUUAGGCUGCAUUUUGUAGGAACUCAUUGGAUUAUGGUAAUUACAUGAGAUGUAAAAUCAUUUAUGUUGCAGCUGAAAAAUAUUUCCAACUGUCUUUAUGGAACUGUUCUUGGAACAUGGCAAGCACCUUGUUGGAGAUUUU